AUGAUCCCUCUGCGAAGCCGUCCGGGCUUCGUCUCAACAACAUGCGCCCUCGUCGCCGCCGCCUCGCUCGUACUCGCGCCCAGUCCUGCCGCCGGAUAUGUCCAGCAAAACAUCACCAAUACGCCCAACUUCGAGCUCCUGCACGGCAUUGCGUCGAUACCGGCACCCGUCUCGAUCCCACCCGACCAGAGCUGGAUGGGCAUUGAUGGCGCAUGGAACACCUUUACUCUCCAGAUAGGAGACCCUGGGCAGAACGUGCGAGUCCUGGUCUCCACCGCUAGUCAGCAAAUCUGGGCCAUCAAUCCCCUGGCCUGCACUGUCAACAGUACCGACCCCACCACAGGCAGCAUCACCAACGUCAACGUCCUCAACCACGACUGCGAGGCAAGCCGGGGCUUCCUGUACAACGACACCAGCUCUCGCACGUGGCAGGAGAAGGGGUAUUACCAGCUCUGGAUAGAGAAGAACCUGGGCCUGGUCGGCAAUGGCUUGUACGGCUUUGACUCGGUGGGUCUUGGGAUGCGAGGGGACAACGGUCCGUUUGUCAAAAAUACGACAAUCGGCACCCUGGUCACUCCCAACUUCUGGCUUGGCCAUAUUGGCGUGCAUCCCAAGCCUACCAAUUUUUCGGCCUUUGAAGAUCCCACGCCGAGUUACCUCAUGGACCUUUUCCAACAAAAGAGCAUCCCCAGCCUAGCUUUUGGCUACACGGCAGGCGCCCAGUACCGCUCACAAACCAUUCUUGGCAGUCUCACGCUUGGCGGCUACGAUGCCUCCCGUCUCAUUCCGAAUGAGCUGACCUUCAUCUUUGCGCCUGACAAUGAACGUGACCUGGUCGUGGGCGUUGUGGGCCUUAGCGCAAAAACAUCCAAGCAGAACAACAUUGACCUCUUGAAACGCAACGAUGUCACCAUGUUCAUCGAUUCGACCGUGGCCGAGCUGUAUCUCCCAGUUGAGAUAUGCCAAGCCUUUGAGGAGGCGUUUGGAUUGCGGUAUGACGAGGCCACAGAUCUCUACCUUGUGGACAACAACCUUCACCAGAGUCUCCUCGCACAGAAUCCCAGCAUCACUUUUACCCUUGGCCAGCAAUUCCGCACACAAGCAACUGUAGCAAUCACCUUGCCCUAUGCCGCCUUUGACUUGGAGGCGUCCCCGCCCUACAGAGGACUAGAAAAAAAGACAAAAUUCUUCCCCAUCCGACGAGCCAACGAGUCGAGCGAGUGGGUGCUAGGGAGGACGUUUCUGCAAGAGGCCUAUCUGACUGUGGACUGGGAGCGCGAAAACUUUACCGUGUCAGCCAUUGACUGGACAUUUGGCGAAGCGCCAGAUAUACUCCCAAUUGUCUCGCCCGAUUAUUCCGUCCCAGAGACCACACCUGUUGCUAAAGGAGAGGGGUCCUCUUUGUCUUCCGCUGCAGUCAUUGGUAUUGCUGUCGGAGGAGGGUUUUUCUUUGCGCUGACCCUAUGCGCCACUGGAUGGUGGUUUUGGCGUCGGCGGCAGCAGCGCAACCUAAAGGCCAUGGAGGCCAAAUACGAAGCCGAAGUCGCGGCAGCUGCAGCUAGGAAGAUGGAUCCGCCCAAGUCGGCAGAGAACCCACCCUCGACAAUACGAAGCAGUGCGGACGGAAAAACGGUGUUUCUCAAAGCCGAAUUACCGGGCGAUUCUUCUCUGCACCACCAAGCAGGUUCGAGCAUGCAGGACAAGGGCGCCAUGACGGUCAUAGAGGCCGACGGCACAGAACGGCAAGUCUACGAGAUGCCUGGUGACAUGCCGGUGCCACACGAGGCCGACGGGCGGCAGCUGUCAGAAAAAGAAUCCAUGGUAGUGCGCGAAAGGAUAUACAACGGGGUGGAUCCCAGUGGAGCGCCAGAAGUGGCGGCGACAGCGCAGGGCAGUCCACGCAGACCGGUGCCCGUGUCGCCAUGCGAAGUUUCGAUUGUCAGUGGCCCGCUGCCCCAAGGCAACGUGUCGCCCGUCAGCCCGCGGUCGCCGCGAGACGGAGCGUUCCUGGAGGCGUCAGACACAUUUUUCCAGCCGCCGCCGCCGUUGUACCGGGUGCACGAGGGCCGGCGCACCGAGGCGGACAACGCUCCACUCUCACCCAUCUCAUCGUUGAAAGGGUCCACGGACGCGUCGCGACGGCGGUUUUCUUACGAGUCAUGAGCCUGCAAAGCGGGCAUCUAGCGACAUACAUCACGACUGGCGUUUACUUUGUUUGGCAUGAUUGGCAGGGCUUUUGGUGCUUGGCGACACGCCGCCCCUGCUGGCAGCCAGGGACAUGGCGUUUGGAUUCUGGUACUGGUACUGGUGCUGUGCUUUGAUACCCGUGAUUCCUGCAUGCGGAAUGCGGAACACGCACAUAGACGGCGGGCGGACCUGCGGGAGUGGCGAUGGAGACGACUUUUUUUUUAUUUUAUACUUUUGUGUUUUUGCUUGGUUGCAUCUGGCUUGCAUAUACCCUUGGUUGAUGGUUUGUACCUAGAUGGCGCGCUCAGCAGCGUGCGUAGCAGAGUGAGCAGCGUCAUGGUAAUCCACUUGAUACGUGAAGCGGUCCAUGCGC